AUGUCAAAAACAUUUACCCCAAGCAGCAAUUUUACCCCAAAAAUGAUUUCGAGAAUAGGCAAAAAUAGCGCAGAUCGCUUUAUGAUUUUAGGGCAAAGAGAAGAAAUUAUUAAAGGGAAAACUCUGAAGAGAAAGUUCAGGUUCAGCUCGGUAGAAGAGGAAGAUGAGCCAAAAGAAGCGGUUGUGAUAAGUGAAUUAAUUAAAAAAGAAGAAAUGAUUCAAGCAGCUGCUGAAGAAAAUUAUCCGAAAGCUGCGAAAUUGUCAUCUUUUUUUAAAGCGCAAACGCGUGAUGACUAUUAUAAACACACUUUUGGGAAAAAUUGUGCACCUCCAUGUGGCCAUUAUAACCCGAAUUUUCAGGUUAAAAAAUUAUACUAAUUAUUUUUAUUUUUUAAUUGAGUUUUUUUAUAUAAUAAUAUGUAAAAAUAUCUUAUUAAACCCAAAUUUCGAAGUUACCAGAAAACAUAUACAGUCGCCUAGGCUUACUAAAGCAAAAAUCGAACGAAGGCCGACAACAGAGGCAGAAAAAGAAUUUCGAUUCAAAAGAAAAAUAGAAAAUAAUGAUUAUCAUAGUGCUCAUCUGCAGUCAGCAAUUCCAUUCAAUAAGCAGCUGGAUAGAGGAUUGUUUUAUAAUCUGUCUGUUAUAGCCCGUUCCCGGCUAUAGAUCGGGCUUAGCCCGAUCUUUGCCGGGAAACUCGGGGGGUUGUCUCAGUCACUUUGAGUGUGACGAGUCAACUCCCCGAGUUGGCAAAUCACCAUAUAGCGGCUAUUUGCCAACUCGGGGAGUUGACUCAUCACCUCAAAGUGACUGAGACAACCCCCCGAGUUUCCCAGCAAAGAUCGGGCUAAGCCCGAUCUAUAGCCGGGAACGGGCUAUAAUGAAAAAAGGUUUAUCCAGCAGAAUUUAUCGCCAGAAGUGUGUACAAAGUUUAAAAAAGUGAAGGUUCCAGACCUAUCAAAGCAGCUAUCAAGAAAAGAUUUUCAUACGGUUUCUGAUUGCUCUCCAGAAUACGAGGCAAACAAAGAGCCUUUCUUGAGAAAGCUAGUCAAAUCAAUAUCUCUAGAAAAAUCAAUAGGCAGGAAAAGUGAAAAUUUGAGGCACAUCCCUGACCCUUAUGACGUAAAGUAUGAUUUAGUCACUCACAGGCCUCUGAAACUGGAUUUCACUAACUCCCCCCAUUUAAUAACGAACAAAACCGUCAUUUUUUUUCCUAAAAAUUUUUCCUUAGGCCCCAUUUAAUAACGAACAAAAUUUACGAUAAAAUUUAUAUUGCUAAUUUAGUCUUUACAGUUUACUAAUUUUAAGUAGUUAGAGUAAGAUAAGGACAAGCAUAAUCGAGCAAAGAAUAAUAAAUAAGAGCUAAUAAGUUACUAGUGGCUUACUCUUAAGCUGGUGCUUUACUCCCCUCAUCGUGAACGAACAAAAAAAUCUCAUUCGCUCACGGAGGGGGAUAAUUUAUUUUUUUUUAAAUUUAUAAAAAAUUUUAUAGAUAAUUUUUUUUCGAAAUUUAAAAAAAUCCUAAUUCCCAAAAAUUGGAAAGCAAAUACUAAUUGAAUUUGUAAAAUUUAUGUUUUAAAACGCAAUUUGUUUAAAAUUAAACAGAAUUAGCUCUAGAUUUCGUUAUAAUAAUUAUCGCUUAUAUAUCAAAUUUUUUUUCAUAAAAAAUUUUUUGUUCGCUCACGGAGGGUGAGGGAUUUUUCUAAUAGUUUUGUUAGCUCACGGAGGGGAGUUAGCAAUAGUUAUCUUUUCGCCUGCAUUAGGCGCGCUUUCUCUUUCUGUUGCCAUCAUUUGACUCCUUUUAUUAUUAACCCUUUAAUUGAAAUUUUUAUAUAAAAGUCAUAGAUAUUUAAUAUAAAUUUUAUAUAGAUUUUUUUCGCAAAAAUUUUAUAAGUUAGACACCAUUUAAUAACGAACAAAAAAAGUGUUCGUUAUUAAAUGGGGGGGAGUAAAUAUUCAUCAAGAGAAAAAUACAUGAAUUGUCCUUUUCCGUCAUUUAUGCAAGGACUGAAUAGCAGAAUUUCAUUAUCCACCCCAGCAGGCAGUGUGUUUUCUCCACAUACUUCACAAAUGGAUUUCUGGAAUUAA